AACUUAAAAAAACAAAAUUUUAUUUUGGAAAGUGAAAAGGGGGUAAAUGCCCUUGCAUGUACCCCGACUAUCCAACCCUAAUUCUUGUAAAUAAAAUUCGAAUUUAAUUUGUGCAGGAAGAAAGAAGCAAAUCUGUGCAAUGUAUUAACUUUGAACUUAUUAUUCUAUUACGGUAUUACCAGAUCGUUCUCUCACUAGAAGUGCGCUUUUGAGGUUUAUUUCUCUCUCAGAUUUGGAAAAGUUUCGGUUGCUCGGAUAGUAUGCUUUCUUCUCAGUAGAUUGCUGUCUUGACAAAUCACAAACUUGAUUGCGCUAAAAAGGUGUUGAAGGCAUGGCAAAAGCCAGAGAUAGAGCUGAGGAUUUUAAGGAUGCUGCGCACCGAGCAGCUCUGAAUUUGGGAUAUGAUGAGUCCAAAAUUGCAGCAUUAAUGGCGUCUUUUAUCAUGCAUAAAUCUUUGGAAAGAUCGUCUUUCACCAAAGCUGCACUAACAACGCUUGAGAGUAUUAAAGCUUUAGAGCAGUUCCUCUUGAAGCAUAAGAAGGAUUAUGUAGAUGUACACCGAAUUACUGAACAAGAGAGGGAUAGCAUCGAGCAUGAGGUUACAGUUUUCAUCAAAGCCUGCAAAGAGCAAAUAGAUGUUCUCAAGAAUAGCAUAAAUGACGAGGAAGCAAAUUCAAAGGGUUGGCUUGGUAUGAGGAGUGACAAUUUGAAUGCUGAUACCAUAGCUCACAAACAUGGAGUGGUAUUGAUCUUAAGUGAAAAGCUUCAUUCAGUGACAUCCCAAUUUGAUCAGCUUCGAGCUGUACGCUUUCGAGACGCUAUCAACCGGGUGACACCAAGAAGAAAACUCAAGCAGAGUGGCCCUACUGCUGUUACAGAGAGCUCAACUUCUGGAAAUAUCGAGUCCAGGGAAGUAAGCAAUUCAGAAAUCAGGCGGACAGAUGAUGCACAAGCAGAGCCGAUUAGGUUCCAGCAACAACAAUUAGAUGAUGAGACACAUGCCCUUCAGGUAGAGUUGGCCAGCAUGUUAGACGCUGUCCGGGAUACCGAGACAAAGAUGGUGGAAAUGUCUGCGCUGAACCAUCUCAUAUCGACUCAUGUUUUGCAACAGGCCCAACAAAUAGAAUUUUUGUACGAGCAGGCAGUUGAGGCUACAAAUAACGUGGUGCUUGGUAAUAAAGAGCUGUCACAAGCCAUCCAAAGGAAUAGCAGUAGCAGAACAUUUCUUUUGCUCUUUUUGUUUGUUCUUACCUUUUCAGUUCUCUUUCUUGAUUGGUAUAGCUAAAAUACAUUAUUAGUAUUUUUUUUUCUAUUUCUUUUCGUAUAUUUCAAAUGGUAUAGUUGAAAUAGACACUAUUGAUUGUGCAAGUUAUACGAAGUGGUAAUAAACAGGGGUGGUAAAACGGAUUCGGUUUUUCGGUUAUAAUCGUAAUUGAAUCGAAAUUUCGAUUAA